UUUCUGAUAUUUGGAAAUGUAUUUUUAGAUGGGUACCCUUUCAUGGUAACCUCAGACCUGAAUGAAAGAGGUUUUAGGAUGAGACAUCUGUUGUACCCGUCUCCGUUGGCACUUGCAAGAUGUAUGCUUGGAACAUCUCUCACGCCAAGAAAUGGCCUGCAACCACUCUCACUCUGGCACAACCAACUUGUUUGGAGGUUUGCUUCUGAUUCCAGCCAACAGCUGCCAAUCCUCACAUUGUACACCAAACACCCCUGCUCUUUAUGUGAUGAUGCCAAGGGAGAACUGGAACCAUUAUCACAUCAGUUUACACUGAAGGAAGUUGACAUCACCGAGCCGGCUAACAAGGAGUGGUUCAAAAAGUAUCGCUAUGAUAUCCCAGUGUUUCAUUUUGAAGGAGAGUUUCUCAUGAAACACAAGGCUGAUAUAAAUGCUUUGCAAGAUGCACUGGAUAAAUUCAACAAUAGAACUAUUUCAUGAGACCAGUGUCUUGCAGGGUAAGAUAUUUAUGUGUAUGUCUUCUGUGACUGGGAUGUGCAUGAGCUUGUAUGUGGGUUACACUUUACAGUUUCAGAUUCAUCUAUCUAUUUCCCUACAAUCAAGGAUUUUGAUAUUUGACAUCCCUGUAGGUAAGAAACCAAUCUGACAUAUUACCUACAUCUGUGUUGCAAAUUUAUGCUCUGGAGUGCUAAAUAAAUGUUCUUUGAUCUCA